UUAUUUCCCACGAUCAUCCUAUAAAUAAUGUCUCAUAUCCGAAUUCAGCCAACAUUGUUUUACCGGGAAGUGCGAACGAAACCAACAAUGAAUUCGUAUAGUGUUCUCUUAUGCAUGUCUGUUUUUCUCAGCGUCAAAGCUCAGGAUCUGACUUCAACACGUACGAAGCACCCUAAGCAUUUCCAAUCUUACUAUCCGAAUACGAAAUUUAAACCUGGAUCGUCUUACGAGGCGAUUCCACCAUUAUACAACCCAUCCGACAUCUGUUUCAAUCCAAACUACUACGGAUUACUCAACAAUCAAAUGAGCCCGAUACCUCAGCCCAAUAUUUACUACAUACCAAAUAUUCAGCCUGCCCAGUCACCAUAUCCACCCUCAGCAUGGUCAUCGUACACUCCAUGGACUUGGAAUAAUUACCCUUACAUGGGAAAUCCUUCCACAGGACUGCCAUUAACAUCAUCGUCGUCAUCACCGAUCAAAAGCACCGACCACUUAGGUAUGAAUUUACCUCAAACAGCCACUUCAUCAUCAUCAUCCGCACCAGAGGCAUUUCAACAUGAAAAUGAAACGAGUACGAUACCAAAACCGAUCACAAUAAGUAGACCUACAAUCUCGGUGAAAAUCGUACCUCCUACAUUCAAUGAGAAUGCCACCACAAUUACAAACAUCGCCCCUCCUUUGAGCUCCGAUACCGAUCAGUCUUCGCAAAAUUCCAGACUGGAUGAAAAAACUCGUAAAAUGAUUAAAAAGUUAUUAGAGAUGGGUUCCAGAUUCGCUGGUAAAUCCAAAGAGGAUAAACGUACUAGAGAUACUCAAGACGACGAUGAAGGUCCUGCUCAGCAGCCAUUGCCUAGUAAUGAAAUGGUUAUACUUCCGCAUGGUGAGAAGAUUUUGUCUAAUGAGUACCCUUUACCGAAGACUACUUAUGGGAAUAAAAACGAACCUAAGAGUAGUUUCGAUAGGUUGAAAAUUUUCACCGAGUUUAAUCCGCCAGCUUGACAUUUUCUUAGAAUGAAUAACCCAAAUGGGUAUGAACAUUGAACAUUUACAUGCUUAUUUAUUUUGUACAUGUGUCGAUUUAAAAAUGAGUAAAAUGAAUCUGUGAAA